AUGUCGGCGUCGAGAAAGACUCUGACAUGUCUUGAUUACACAGUCGGCUGGAUCAGCGCCUUGCCGCUCGAGAUUGCAGCCGCGAGGGCAAUGCUCGACGAUGUCCACUCCCCACUGCCCGUACGAGAAAACGAUAGCAACGUCUAUUACUUGGGUGAAAUUGCUGGGCAUAAUAUUGUCCUCACAUUUCUACCUUCUGGCGUAUACGGUAACACCUCUGCCACUGCAGCAGCCAUACAAAUGAAGUCUGCUUUCCCAUGUAUCAAAUACGGCCUCAUGGUUGGGAUUGGUGGUGGUGCACCCAGCACCUUGAAUGACAUUCGCCUUGGAGAUGUCGUAGUAAGCAAACCAACUGCUCAGUUUGGCGGGGUCGUCCAGUAUGACUUUGGCAAGACGUUGGCGGAUGGUGUAUUCCACCAAACAGGAGUCUUGAACAAGCCGCCGGAGGCUCUCUUAAAGGCCGUUGCGCAACUCCAGGCGAAUCAUAUUAUGGGCAAAAAAAGCAUGCCUUUACACUUGAAGAUGGCGGCCGAGACAUAUCCGGCCAUGCAUGAAUCUUUCAUCUAUCCUAGACAGAACCAGGACGUCCUCUUUCAUGAAUCUUACCCCCACCAGGGACCUUCCAGCUCUGCCUGCGAAGGCAUAUGCGAUGUGAAGAAAAGUGUUGAUCGUAAAACAAGGCCAUCAGCACUGCCUGAAAUACAUUACGGUCUCAUAGCUUCCGCAAACCAGGUUAUGAGAGAUGCAAAAACACGCGAUCGACUCUCGGAGAAAUUCGGAAUUUUAUGCUUUGACAUGGAAGCUGCAGGAUUGAUGGACCACCUUCCAUGUCUUGUCAUUCGAGGGAUAUCUGACUAUGCAGACUCCCACAAGGACAGAGCAUGGCAGAAGUAUGCAGCAGCAACAGCGGCUGCCUACGCGAAAGAGCUCCUAUAUACUUCCAUCCCUGGCACAACUCCCGGCGAACAGGCCCCGGCCAGUAUCAAGGUGAAGAUCCCAAUUCCAAAAGCAAAGGUAUUUGGACGCCAGCAUGAGUUGCAGAUGAUUAAAGAGUGCUUCAGCAUCCCAGAAAAACCUACAAAACCCGCUGUUCUUUGGGGGCUCAGUGGAUGUGGCAAGACGCAACUGGCACUUAACUACGUCGAUACAGAGAAGGAUCACUAUGAUUCUGUUCUCUGGGUCAAUUCGUCAUCCAUAUCGGUAAUAACAGAUUCGUUUGAGCAAAUAGCCCGGCUUAUACCUUCUGGCUUCUCCCCCGAGAAAAUAGCUGUUGAAAGAGUGCUCGAGUGGCUAGAACAGGACUCCAAUCGAUCCUGGAUGAUCAUCUACGAUAAUAUCCCGUACGUUGGCGAUACUGGCCGCAACUGGCAUGGGGCCUUUGAUAUCCGAAAAUAUCUGCCUUCGUGUAAACACGGACAUGCUGUACUUGUGACGACUUCAUGCCAUUUACAUUCACGUUUGAACUUUUCGGGAAUUCACGUACAAGGCCUUGAUGAGGACGCUGGUGCUGAGGUCAUCCUACAGUAUGCCAAUAUUGAGUCCCCUGAUGAGUCCACAACCGCAACAGCCGGAAGUAUUUCUCGCAAGCUGGGUGGCUUGCCUCUUGCCCUCGAGCAAGCGGGAUCGUUCCUAUCAUACGGCCUCGUUUCAAUAAAGGAUUACAGCAGGCGAUUUGAAACAGGAUUUCGGAAUGAAACACUGAAAGCACAUACCAGGGCGUACAUUGGAUCCUACGAAAAGGAGCAGACUCUCUGGACCGUGUUUGACAUGUUACAUGAGACGCUGGGCCAGCGCAAUUCGGACUCCCUGAAACUUUUACACUUGGCUGUUUUCCUGGGCACGGGAUAUGUGCCAUUCAGAUUACUAGUUUCUGGCAAAUCCUCGACCUACCCUGCAGGAACGUCUGAUAAUGCGAACUCUGACAUAAUAUCAUGGCUGGAGGACAUAUCGAAUGAUUUUAGUCGACUGCCCUCAGCACUUGGAGAAAUUGAGAACACUGGCCUCGUGAAGUUUAUGCGUAACAGGUCAGAUAACAUUGUCGAUACCAUCGUCAUUCACGACCUUGUUCAGUCUUUUAUUCGAGCCAAGAUGACGAAACAAGACAUAUUGGAAAAUGCAGCUGCUUCAAUCUUUCUCAGCGCCAAAACAUACCUGAGCAACGGGAUAAUGGAGGAUGACGAGGCUAUGAGAAGCCACAGCCACAGACUAAGUACAGUUCUAAAUACCUUCUUAUCCACUGUUCCUCGAGACCUCAUUCAACCCCCGCAUGGCGAAUACUUCAUGCUUUUUGGUUCCGUGGCACCGCUGUAUGCCCGUGCUUGCCGUCUCAAGGGGGAGCUUCAAAAGGCGAGAGACGCCUGGGAGAUAUGCCUACAGUAUCGGCUAGUGACUGAGGGGAGUCGAUGGCCUAGAACCGAGGUGCAAUUAAACGAGCUCCUUGAAGCUGCCGAUGUUGACUUAAGGCUCGGGCAUCUUGACAGUGCUCUUGAAAAGUAUGCCUCAGUGGUCCGUCACUGCCCCGUGGUCAGGUCUGACCAAAACGAUAUCAUGAUCAGAGCAUCUGCAUCCCUGCGUGACGCUCGCGAGAUCCACGCACGACGCGAGUCAGACUUCCAGCGAGCCAUUGCGACCCAAAGAGCGACCAAGUCGGCUUCCGAAGAACCGAACCAGGCCUCAGAUAUAGGCGAUGAAGAGUGGGAGAUGAUAAUGCGGUACGAAGAAACAUUUAAUCUCUUCGGCCCAAUGGAUAGGGAGACUUUUCAGCAUGGUUCAGCCCUUGCAGCUUACUACAAGGAGCAUGACCUACCGACGAAAGAGGAGACGUACAGGGAAAUUAUUUGGAAAUACCAUGUUGCUUCAGCGGGUUCCUCGAACCCCGUUACUGUUGCUUCACUGUUCGAACUGUGUCUUUGCUACGGAAAGAAUGGGAAGUUGAGAGAGAAGCUCCGUGGCGAUUUAUAUGACGCUCCUGUAUAUGCUGGGUAUCAUGAGUCUUCCGAAUUCUCGAGACUGCUCCUGGAGAUGGAAACACUAGACAUUCUAGCAGCGUUCAAGAUUGACGACAAGGACACCGCUUGGAACCUGCUCAAUCGACAUGACACAAUGACUGCCAUUUUCUGGGCAUCAGCGGUGGGAAGCAUAGAGUUACGAGAUACAUUGCUUUACCAUUUCACAAAGACAGACUUUCCCGCUGUUUGCCUUUUUCUCCACCUGAAGGCUGUUUAUGGACAGGGUUCUGCAUUCAAAGUGCCCUGUAAGAGCGAUAUAGACAUCUGCCAAUCGGAUAUUGACUUUUCACGAGGCCUCCAGCAGGCAGCAAAAUGGGGCUACGUCUCAGUUGUCCAGGGAUUCCUGGAGAAUAACAUUGAUACUUCCUUUGCAGACAGCUCUGGGAAAGCGGCUCUUCACCUCGCCGCUGAAAGGGGUGAUAUUUUCACAGUCUUAAUGCUUUUGGAGCAUGGAGUGGACACCUCUCAAGCAGACUGCUAUGGUCGAACAGCUCUGCAUUACGCGGUUAAGGGAAGAGAUACGGAACUACUCAAGACGCUUGUUGAGAGCUGUGGUAAAGCAAUAAAUGAACAAGAUAACCACGGUGAGACGGCUCUACACUAUGCCUCUAUGGGACAGGAUUCCUCAAAGGUAUAUCUACUGGUUAACCAUGGAGCCAAUGUCACACUGAAGGAUAACAACGGAGACACACCUCUACACUACGCGACAAGAGGGCGUCGUAUGGAAUCUGUCAAGGUACUGCUCGAAUUCGGGAGUGAUCCAACCCAGGCGAAUAAUGAUGGUCAAACGUUGCUCCAUUGUGGAUUGCAUGCCGGAUUAGAUUUAUUUAAGCUACUGCUCAAGCAUGCCGGUGAUGUUUCCCAAACUGACAGCCGUGGUCGAGCAGUCAUCCACUACGCUGCUGAGCUUGGGCAUACAGACAUUGUGAAAGCUAUACUCGACAGAGCCGCCAAUAUCGAUACGACAGAUAAUCGCGGUAACACGGCAUUGCAUCUUGCUGCUGGGCGAGGAAAUCAUGCGGUGACUCAGUUGCUCCUAAACGCAGAUGCGGAUAGGUUCGUGGAGAAUAAUUUCGAGAAUACAGCCCUUGAGCUGGCGUUCCAGGGAGGGCACGAGAAGACGGUAGAUCUAAUCCUGAGCCAGUCACUGAAGAAAAGGGACCCAUACGGACAGACUUUCCUACACCGCGCAGCCAGGAAGCCAGAAGAUAUGAGCUUCUUCUACGCCGUCAUUGGACCGUCAAAUGAUAUUAUAAAUGCUACAGACAACCAUGGGCGCACUGCCUUGCAUGUCGCCGCUGCGAGCGGGAACCUGUUCGCUGUCCAGAUGCUGUUGGAUAAUGGGGCAAACCAUCAAAUUGAAAGCUAUGGUGGUGAAUCGCCUCUGGAAGAUGCGUUGAUGCAACGGACCGAGGCAGGUGGAACCUCCAAGGGUGAUAUAGCGCUUGAAGAAGUUAUUCGGUUGCUGCGUAAAGCUGGUUCAGGACCUGAGAAUGCUGAGCGGCGGAGCUUCUCCUACAAAGGAACUUACAAUGACAAAGCCUCAUUAGAGAAGGGGACGUGGCAUGGGUACUCCGUGGAUCCAAGUUUGAUUUAG